CCUGGGCACUGGUCAUUCUGCCAUGUCCCUCCGUGUCUACCUGGCAGUGGUGGUUGCUGUUCUCCAUCUGUCCCCGGUAACGUUAACCCGGGCUGGGGACAGGACAGAGGGGACUCCCAGUCCAUCUUACGUGGCCGCAGUCUACGAGCACCAGGUGAUUUUGAACCCAGAGCCGCACGUGCCUCUGUCUCGGGCCGCGGCGCUCGAGCACAUGAUGAGGAACCUGAAGGUCUAUGAGGAGCAGGCCGCGCGGGCAGCGGAACAGGGGGCUCAGAUCAUAGUAUUUCCAGAGGACGGUAUCCAUGGGUUCAACUUCAGUCGUCUGUCCAUCUCUGGUUACCUAGAGACCAUCCCUGACCCACUGACGGAGGACUGGAACCCCUGUACACAGCCUGACAGACACAAUAACACUGAGGUCCUCCAGAGUUUGAGCUGCAUGGCUCGACGUCACCAACUAUACCUGGUGGCCAACAUGCCUGACCUCCAGCCCUGCCCUCUGACCUCUCACCCCACCUGCCCCCCCGACGGGCACUGGCAGUUCAACACAGAUGUAGUCUUCAGGUCUGAUGGUUCCCUGGUGGCUCGCUACCACAAACAAAACCUGUUCUUCGAGAAGGAAUUUGAUACCCCGCCCAGACUAGAGGUGGUGACCUUUGACACGCCGUUCGCCGGACAGUUUGGAGUGUUCACCUGCUUUGACAUCCUGUUUCACGACCCUACUGUCAGACUACUGGAGAAGGGUAUCAGACAGAUGAUCUUCCCCACGGCCUGGAUGAAUCUGCUUCCUCUACUAACAGCGGUUCAGAUCCAGAGAGCGGUCAGUCUGGGAGCUAACGUCACUCUGCUGGCAGCUAACCUCAGGCAUGACAGCAAGGCUAUGACGGGCAGCGGCAUCUUCACCCCUAGUACUUCCAUCUAUCACCACGCCUUCCACCACCCUGGGAAGCUAGAGGAGGGGAAGCUGCUGGUGUUGAGGAUACCUGUACUGGACAGUGACUGGCUGGCAACACAGAAGCAGGCAAAGAGGCAGGGGGAGACAGGAGGAAAGGGUGAGGCAAAGGGGCAGGGGGAGACAGGAGGAAAGGGUGAGGCAAAGGGGCAGAUAGGAGAAGAGGGUGAGGCAAAGGGGCAGGGGGAGACAGGAGGAGAGGGUGAGGUUGAACCUCUCUCUGCUUCUCUUCCUACCCUCUCUCCCAAUCCCUCCCCAUCCCCCUCUCACUUCAUCUCCUCUAUGAUGUGUGACCCAUUCUCCUUCGUCCUGCUGCAUGGUUCAGAGGGCCAGCUGACUGUGUGUGACGGUCCUCUCUGCUGCCAUCUGCAGUACCGACGGUCCCCACAGGGUGGCAAUACGGAGCUCUAUGCUCUAGGGGCAUUCGCUGGCAAUCACACGGCUGAUGGACACUUCGCCAUACAGGUGUGUGCGUUGGUCCGGUGCUCGGGGUCGGAGGUCAGCUCCUGUGGAAAGGGAGUGGAGGAGGCAGAGUCUAGAGUGGACUUCCGGUUGGAGGGGAAGUUCGGAACGCGUUACGUUUACCCGUCGUUGCUAGGUAGUGGCAUGGUUGUAGAUCGACCCGACCGGAUCGAGAAGACCACAGAUGGCCGAGUGACCAUGGAACACUCAGGGAUGUCCGUCGGACUGGUGACCGCAUGUCUCUACGGCAGAGUGUACGACCAGGACUAGGGUGUGUGUGUGAGUGUGAGAGCGAGAGAGAGAAAAUAAAGUAAAUAUAUGUUCUCCAA